AUGGAGCGAGUCAAGCGCUUCUUCCGCUCCAGCCCGGACUAUGAGCCCUUGGACAACGGCGCAGAAAGAGAGGAGGAAGACGUACACGAUGAGUCGGAGGAGGUCGAGGCGGAGGCACCCUUCUCAUGGGUCGAAUAUGCCAUCUUCCUGUUAUUGGGGAUUGCAAUGCUAUGGGCCUGGAAUAUGUUUCUAGCCGCGGCACCAUACUUCCAGCAUCGGUUCCGGACAAGCGAAUGGAUCCUCAAUCAUUUCCAGGCUGCCGAGAUCUCCGUGUCGACCGUCACCAACCUUGCCUCGAUGAUAGCACUGACCCAGCUACAAAAGGGGGCAUCCUACCCCAAGCGUAUUACAGCAUCAUUGAUCAUCAACACCGUCGUGUUUGGAAUCCUGGCCCUGUCGACCUUGAUUCCUACACCUGCAGGAGUCUACUUCGGCUUUUUGCUCAUCGCCAUUUUCUGCGCGAGCUUUUCCACAGGGCUCAUUCAGAAUGGGCUGUUCUCCUUCGCAUCUGGGUUUGGAAGAAGCGAGUACACUCAGGCAAUUAUGACCGGGCAGGCUGUCGCAGGAGUGCUGCCACCACUGGCGCAAAUCAUCUCGGUGGCAGCCUUUCCCAAAAAGAACCAAGGUGGUGCAGACAGCGCUGACGAAUCACCCACUUCGGCCUUGGUAUAUUUCUUGACUGCCACUAUCAUCUCGGUCAUUUCUCUGUUUGCGUUUUUCUAUCUGCUGAGAAAGGAGAGCCGUGCGCGCGCCCUCCGUGCAGCAGCAAAAUCGACCCCGGACGGUACCUCGGGAGAAAUCUUUCCUCGUAGCUCUGGAGUUUCUGACAUUACUGAAGUUGACCAUGCCGGACACCGGCCACAAGUCCCUCUCAUGACGCUGUUCAGAAAAUUGCCAUUCCUUUCUGCAGCCGUUUUCAUUUGCUUCGCCGUUACGAUGGUUUUCCCGGUUUUCACGGCUUCGAUUCGGUCAGUAAGAGGAAUCGACGCUGCAAUAUUUAUUCCAACCGCCUUCUUGGUAUGGAAUACGGGAGAUCUCCUCGGCCGGCUGGCAACAUUGUGGAAGCGGAUAUCUCUCACACAUUAUCCAUUUGCUCUGUGCUGCCUGGCCAUGGCAAGGCUCCUGUUUAUCCCCUUGUAUUUUCUAUGCAACGUGAAGGACAGAGGAGCCAUUAUCAAGAGUGACUUUUUCUACCUGGCUAUCGUCCAAUUCCUGUUUGGUCUCACCAACGGCUAUCUAGGCAGUGAAUGUAUGAUGGGCUCUGGAGACUGGGUUGCGCCAGAGGAACGCGAGGCGGCUGGCGGAUUCAUGGGAUUGAUGCUUGUCGGUGGGCUCACUGUCGGAAGCCUGCUCAGUUUCUUGCUCGGAGAUGUCUAG